UGAUUUGUGCCGGAAGGACAAAGACUGUGAGUUUUUCUUCAACUUGGACGUGGAGGUGGUCCUAAAGAACGAGGACACGCUUAAGAUCCUCAUCAGACAAAACCUGCCCGUCGUGGCGCCCAUGAUAACCCGAGUGGGACGAUUGUGGAGCAACUUCUGGGGGGCCCUCAGUGCAGACGGGUACUACGCCAGAUCCGAGGACUACGUGGACAUCGUCCAGGGACAGAGAGUGGGUGUGUGGAAUGUCCCGUACGUCUCCAGUGUUUACCUGGUGAAGGCGGAGCUCCUGCGGUCGGAGCUGAGCGACUACAACCUGUUCACCUCCCAGACCUUGGACCCCGACAUGGCCUUCUGCCACAACGUUCGCAGCAAGGGGAUCUUCAUGUUCGUGACCAACAUGGACACGUUCGGCCGCAUCCUGUCCACGGAAAACUACCAGACCAAACAUCUGCACAACGAUCUGUGGCAGAUGUUUGACAACCCCAAGGACUGGGAGGAGCGAUACAUCCACGAGAACUACACGCGCAUCAUGAAGGACAAGCUGAUUGAAAACCCCUGUCCAGAUGUUUACUGGUUCCCAGUUUUCACAGAUGUUGCCUGCAAACACCUGAUAGAAGAAAUGGAGCACUUUGGGAAGUGGUCCGGAGGCGGCAACAUGGAUACACGGAUCACGGGGGGCUACGAGAACGUCCCCACCAUCGACAUCCAUAUGAACCAGGUCCACUUCGAGAAGGAAUGGCGUAAAUUCCUGAUCGAGUACAUCGCUCCGAUAACAGAAAAGAUGUUUCCUGGCUACCACACUCAGGGCGGUGGAUGCCGGUUCCUGCGCUACGACUGCUCCAUCCAGGCCCCCCGCCGAGGCUGGGCCCUCAUGCACCCGGGCCGCCUCACCCACUACCACGAAGGCCUGCCGACCACGGCCGGGGUCCGCUACAUCGCAGUGUCCUUCGUGGAUCCUUGA